GUUCAACAAUCGAAUUGUUACUAUCAACUUUUAGAUAAAACACCAAAUAUCCCAGUAAAUUAUCGUACAGAAGAUGGUGUAGUUUAUUUAACACCAAAUUGGACAAGAAAUCCAAAUAAUAAUAAUACUACUACUACCAGUACUACUACUUCUACUAUUACACAUCAACGUCCAUUGUUAAGUGCACAUCUUCAAACAGCUACAAUCAACAAUAGUUCAACAAUACAACAAUAUAUUCAAUCCCAUGAAUCUGGUCAAUUGUAUUAUUUAUUUUUCCGUGUAUCUUGUUAUGAAGAUGAUUUUAGACGACCUCCGUCAUCGUCAACAGCAGCAGAAGCCAUGGAAUCUAUGUCAUCGAUAAAUCUAUCCACAGGACAGCAACAAUCAGCAAAUAUGCCAACAAUGGGCAAUUCAUCUUAUCCAACUUCAUCAUUCACUAAUAAUAAUAAUAAUCGUGAUCAAAAUCAAACAUGGUUGUCGGUGAAUCCGACAUUAAUCGAUGCGAAUAACAAUAAUAAUCAUCGAAAAUAUAAACUAGUAUUUCAACAUUCAUUUUAUGUUUACAUUUCAAUAGCAAAAUAUCCAUUUUAAAGUGAAUACUACUCACAAUACUACUCACACUACCACUAACUACUACUACUCCGACUUCUACUACUACUGCUACUACUCCGACUACUACUACUACUCCGACUUCUACUACUACUGCUGCGACUACUACUACUCCAACUACUACUACUACUAAUCCGAUUGCUACUACUCACACUACCGCUGCUACUGCUAUGACUCCUACUACUGCUACUACUACUACUACUACUACUGCUACUCCGACUACUACUACUACUUCUACUCCUACUACCACUCACAUAACUUACUACUACUCCGACUCCUACCACCACUACUACUCGCUACUAUUACUCCGACUACUGCUACUACUUACACUACGACUAUUACUAGUAAUAAUAUUGUUCUUCCUUUUUUUUUCAAACAAACUUACUCAACUACAUUUUCUUUUCCAAAAUUUUUCUGUAUGAAUAAAGUAUGCAAAAAAACAAGUCGGGUUUUUUUUCUAUUAAAAAAAAAUCUUUUUUUCUAAUAUUAAAAAAAUCUUUAUUUUAUUUUCUUUUUGUGUUUGUUUAUCAACUCAUAUUCACUGUGUUUUAAACAAAACAAAAAUUUCAUUUCAAUUUGUUUUACUAUGAACUUGUAAGGGAAACACAGUGUGAUCAAUUUUAUUUUGGCGGGGAAACAAAUACACAGGAAAUGGAGUUUAUUUAAACAAAACUAUGCAUAUUGAUCAACGAUAUAAUUAGAACAAAUGAAUUGAGAUGAAAUCUUGGUUUUCUUACAAAACAGAAGAAACAGUUCAAAUGUUUUCUUUUUUUAGGAUAAAAUUCAUUGAAUUUUAUGAUAAUUUUUUUCUCUAAUAACCGGUUCAUUUGAAAUUGUUCGCUACGUGUGUGUGUGUGCGUGUGCGUGUGCAUGUGCGUUGUUCAAACAUAUAAAUGCAUUUUAUUAGUAUGUUGUCAGUAAUAUAUGUUAUUCUGUUUGGAAAAAAUAUAUAUCUAUCUGAUGAUUAA